CGGUCUUGUGGGCAGAGAGUGGGGGGACAUCACCAGCGUCUCUCUUUUAUUUUUGCUCUGUGACUCCUCACUGACCACUUUUCCGGAUGAGCGCUGAGGAUUCGGACGAAGAUCAUUUGGAAUUGGAAGAAUUCCCCGAGGACUUGGACAACGACUUUUGCCAACAAGUGUGUGUUCCCAACUAUGGAACCAUGCAGGGUGAACAAGCGGAAACAGCGAUUCAAAUGGGCCCAUAUUCUAAAGAGUCAACAUACUUAGUUGGUGCAAACUCUGGGCUGCUCAAUGGGAAGGGUAAAGGACACACAAGCAUAUGCAUGGUCGAGUUUGAUGGGAAUGAAGACUCGGUGCAUUUUGCCGAUGGUGAACGUCGAAUUGACUUUGUAUUGGCCUAUGAAGAAGAAGCGGCGAAACCGGGAGACAGGAAAAAGAUCGCACAAUUGCUGAGUAGAAAGAGAAAAAGAAACGUGUUUCAAGCCAAUUUAAUACAGAAAGGAAUACAGAUUGAAGCCACAAGAUCCGUUUUGAAUCCAAAGCUUAUUUUUCUCAAACUUCACGCACCAUGGGAAGUUCUUUGCACUUAUGCUGAAGUAAUGCACAUCAAACUUCCUCUGCAUUCCAAUGACUUGAAGCAAAAGGCCUCCAGAUUUAACUGCAUUACUAAACUAUUCUCAGUGGAUGAAACCAAAAUCGAGCCAGAACCUGAAUAUUUCACCGCACCAUUUGAGAUGGAUAAAAUUCACAGUUUCCACAUUGCUGAUAAGAAUUCGUUUUUCACACCAGCCACCAGAAGCAGAAUCGUUAUGUACAUUCUGAAUCGCUGUGAAUAUAGAAAAUCAAAUCAGACACGUAAGUUUGGUAUAACCAAAUUGCUCGACUCAAACACAUACAAAGGAGCUUAUCCUCUUCAUGACUGCAAACACAACCUGAAAUCAGUUGACCCAUCAUGUCCAAAUGAACGAUACCUUCUGUACAAGGAAUGGGCUAAUCCCAUGAGUUUUUACAAAUUGCAGCCCUUAGAUCUUGUCAGGAAGUAUUUUGGAGAAAAGAUUGGAAUCUAUUUUGCUUGGCUCGGUUUCUACACAGGAAUGCUGGCCGUUGCAGGAAUUGUCGGACUUGCGUGUUUCAUUUUUGGAAUAAUCACUCGGGAAGACAGCACUUGGAGUCAGGAGGUGUGUGAUUCUGCCAUUGGAGGCAGUAUCAUCAUGUGUCCUCAAUGUGAUAAAGAGUGUACUUACUGGAAACUCAACAUCACAUGUAAUUCAUCAAGGAAAUUAGCCAUUUUUGACAACUAUGGAACCUUAGUGUAUGCAGUGUUCAUGGGAAUUUGGGUGACUGUGUUUUUGGAGUUUUGGAAACGGCGUCAGGCAGAACUGGAGUAUGAGUGGGACACUGUGGAAUUCUUAAAUCAGGAAGAACAACAACGACCAGAGUAUGAAGCAAGAUGCAAUAUUCUCAAGAAGAAUCCAGUCACACAGGAAGAAGAAUUAGUACCUUACUCAGACUGUGGGAAAUGUAUGCGAGUAUUCUGUGUUGGGUCCACAGUCCUUUUCUGGAUCUCAUUAAUCAUUGCCUCGGUGGUUGGCAUUAUUGUCUAUCGUUUGGCUGUCUUUUUUGUGUUCUCUGCUAACCUGCCCAAAGAGGUGGAUGAAGACCUGGAACCCUUCAAAGAUUACUUGACUCCCCAGAUGGCUACUUCAGUCACAGCCUCCCUCAUUAACUUUGUGAUCAUUAUGAUUCUGAAUCUAGUGUACGAAAGGGUAGCAAUAUGGAUCACUGACUUUGAACUUCCCAGAACACAGACGGAGUAUGAAAACAGUUUGACCAUGAAGAUGUUUCUCUUCCAGUUUGUCAACUACUACUCCUCCUGUUUCUAUAUUGCUUUCUUUAAAGGCAAAGUUGUAGGCUAUCCUGGAAAGCCGGUUUACUGGCUUGGGCGAUUCAGAAAUGAGGAGUGUGACCCAAGUGGCUGCCUUUCAGAACUGUCCACCCAGCUGAUGAUUGUGAUGGGAGGAAAAGCAAUCUGGAACAACAUUCAGGAAGUUCUUAUUCCGUGGUUAAAGAACCUUAUUGGUCGUUACUUUAACAAAGCUUCAAAAAAAGAGCUGCCUCGCUGGGAGCAAGACUAUCAGCUGCAGCCUAUUGGAAAGUUGGGCCUAUUUUAUGAAUAUCUUGAAAUGGUAAUACAGUUUGGUUUUGCCACCAUUUUUGUGGCAUCGUUUCCCUUGGCACCUCUCCUGGCAUUGAUUAAUAACAUCAUUGAAAUAAGAGUAGAUGCUUGGAAGAUGACCACUCAGUUUCGACGGAUUCUGUCAGCCAAAGCACAAGACAUUGGAGCCUGGCAGCCAAUUCUCCAAGGAGUAGCUGUUUUUGCUGCUGUGACAAAUGCAUUAAUCAUUGCUUUUACAUCUGACAUGAUUCCCAGACUUGUGUACUACUGGUCGCUAUCAGUAUACCCCUAUGGACAAUUUAGCAGCCCAACCAUGGAAGGCUACAUCAACAGCUCUCUCUCUGUUUUUAGAGUCUCUGAUUUCACUGAUCGCAGCAAGCCUUUAAAAGUACCUUACUGGUUUGACCCUGACGUUGAUGCCACCUGCAGGUAUCGUGAUCUGCGAUAUCCUCCUGGUCAUCCUAUGGAAUACCAUCACAGCAUUCAAUUCUGGCAUGUGAUGGCUGCCAAGCUGGCCUUUAUUAUUGUUAUGGAGCACAUUGUAUUUUUGGUGAAAUUUAUUCUCUCUUAUGUAAUACCUGAUGUGCCAGAAGUAAUUAAACAACAAGUUAGCCGGCAAACGUACUUAACACAGAAGCUCCUGCAUGAAUCUCAUCUCGCAAAAUGGAAGGAACGCGGAUUUGAUGCUAGCAGGGAAGGUUUAACGAACAUAAAUGUUGGGAGUUCGUUUGGUAAAAGUAGUGUAUAAGGGCUUGUGAAAUCAGUCCAUGCUGUUUGUUUUACACAUUUGUAUUUCUGUUCUGGCUGAUUUUUCAAAAAGGUCAACUAUCCAGAAUUUGGCAGAUCAUGCUUUCUUCCACACCAGGCUCUCCGAGCCUAUCAACUCCAUCCUCACUUGGUUCCCUGCGCUCUAACAGAUUGAACCAAGAUCUUUGUCUUUGGUUCAAAUCUCCACAUGGCUUUGCCCCACCCUACCUCUGCGACCACCUGCAACCCUAUCAUCCUGACAACUUAUUUCACUCAACAAACAUUAGCUUCAUUUUCCCCACCAACCUAUCACCAUUGGAGGUGUGGUGGGGGGGAGUUUUCAGCCAUUCUGCUCCCACUCUCCAUCCCGGAGUCCCUCCACCUUAACGACUCCAUCCCUACCUUUAAAGCCUACCUUAAAAACUUUUUUUCAACUGUACUUUUGGUGACCUCCUCCCCCCCACCACCAGCUUAGGCUCCCAGGUGGCUUUGUGAAGCACUUUGAAACGUCCUUCCAACAUGAAAGGUACUAUGUAAAUGAAAAAUAGUUGUUGUUAUUGUCAAAGACUUUGGAGGGAAAGCUUGCAGUGUUUCCUAACAUUUCUUUACCCGAUUCUAUAUAAACAUGUGAAUCGACUCAUUCAUUUUGUUCCUUCUAUACUUUGCUUGCCAUAUCAACUUUUUCCACUUGUGAUGUUGCUUAAGAUGUUUCAACAGUCUACAUUGACAGUCAGUUGCUGUGACCACCAACGUGCUUGGCUCAGGUGGGUCCAAACCUUUAGAACACUGUGAAAUCCAGAAUUUGAGGCCUUCGACAGACCGAUUCAUUAUUUAUAUCGCCAGUGCCUUGGGACAUCCUCUUGACCUGAAAGGCGUUAUACAAAUGUAAUUUGUAUUGUAUCGUAAUUCAGAAGAAGCUGUGGUUCAACUUAGCUUCAAAAGUUCUAGGGAUUAUUUUUCUAAAACCACUAAGUGUAGCAAAUCAUGUUAUUGUGCUCUUAUAAUGGGAUUGCACAAGCCUGUUCUUAUUAUGCUCGUAUUUUACAGUGGUAUUAACAGAAUUCUAUGCGGUGGGGGGUUGGGGGGGGGUGGCAGGGAGAGGGGAUACUUUCAAUCUGAGCUGCUUCAUCCAUCAGCACCAUUUUUUAAAACUUCUCUUUCUGAGAGAAUAAAUUCCAACUAUACAUAGUAAGAAAAUUGCCAAGUGGAGACCCGUCUUAUUGGAUCUCCUACCAAAAAGAACUGUAAGGCUAGCCAUGUUUUGCUCUAUCGCAGUGGUGGCUAACCUUUAUGGUCGGCCAUCAAAAUAAAUUUUCUUCAUUGAAUAUUUCUUGAUUUAGGCCAUAAAUCGAUCAAACAUGGACUUAACUAUACUAGUGUGAAUGUUCCUGACAGCCCCGUGGGUCACUUCCAAGUAGGUCACCACUGCUCUAUCAUCUGAUUCUGUUACGUUGAACAGUGAUUGCUUUUCUUCCUUGAAUGCCAAUCUCAGCACUUUCAGUUGAAUUAGAAAAUGCCAAUACUGCCGAGUAAAUUUGUGACUUGUUACAAACAUUAAAAAAUCUGAAUUAAUGAAAUCAUAACGUGGUUACAAGCACACUUGGCCCAAUUUGUCUAUUUAGAUGCUAGUACAUCUAGCUGCACUUGGACUUAUUUAAAUGCCAAAGCGAUCUUAUUUUUGGUUACAACUGCAUUCUCAUUUUACGUGUCAGCUACGCUUGAAAUAAAGUGUUGGGAGAUCACAGAGCAUUUAAAGAAAAACUGGAUGUUUAUAUCAAUUUUCACUAAUAAUAUAAAGGAAAGCAAUAAAUGAUCCUCUUUCUCAAAGUAAUUCCAUCAGAGUCAGGCUCACUGGAACACGAUGAGAGAGCAAGAGGGACAACAAUAACACAUUUUCUUUUGGGUGAUUUCCAUAACACUUCCAUUGUGACUUCACAGGUAUCUAUCUAUCAAUCAGUGAAAUCAAAGUUAUCAAAGUGAUAUUUAACAUAAUGGCAGCUAUCCUGUGCUAGUUAUUAGUAGGUAGCAAACAUUUUAAGGUAAUGCAUUAUAAGUAUACAAAGGAAAUGUUGCUGUCCAUUAUGCAGAUAGAGAUCCAUCUGCGUGGCACAAUUGAGGUUAAGUACCUGGGUGUUAAGUAUGUAGUCAUAUGUAGUCUGGAGUAUAUCUGCUAAACAAAACAGAACAAUGAACACAGAACGAUUUCUCCUGUGACAAAGUGUGGCUAUUCAAUUUUACCAAAUCCAGAUAUAUGCAGCAUAACCAUGUCUGACCACCUCCAGAAGAGGACAAUUUGUUUCUCCUUUAAAAAUAUUUUAUACCUUGGAGAUUAUCUCUGUUGCUACAAAUAUUAUACAUUGUCACAAAUAACAAAAAUCAUUUAAAAACUUGUUUACAUUGCUGGUGGGUUUAGGAGUGUUUUAAACUGAAAGGACUUCCACUCAAUAUACAUUUUAAUGUUCGGUGAUAUUUUCACUUGAUGUUUGUUAAUUAAUGCAUUUUAAAAAAUAUUUUAAACUUCUAUUGUAUUGCAUCCAUUUAAUGUGCAAAUACAACAAUGAAAGGUCCAUUUGUUUAAUCGUGCAGCCAUGAAUAUAAGAAUAAUAAGAUUACUUUAGCCUGAAUACAGUUUGUUCAAAUUUAUGUUUAGUUAUGUGCUGAUGAAGUUCACAGAUGUGGCUGAACAAAUGUAAUUAAUCAUGUAUUUUACAUCUUUGGAAGGUUUGAUAUCUGUUUUGGUAAGUGAUUUUAUUAAAAUUGUUAUGAAGCCACAGUG